AUGUUGCAGACGUCCGACGUACCCGAACAGUUGCGGUAUCGCAACACACUCGAUGCCGUAAUCAAAAUCUACCGGAAUGAAGGCAUACCAGCCUUUUACAAGGGUUUGUUGCCUAGCUUACUCGGCGUGUUCCAUGUUAUUGUACAAUUUCCCCUAUACGAGCACUUCAAAAGCAUGACAUCCGAGGGGAAGCGUGGCGAUCCAUUGUCUCCGGGCUCCAUUCUUUUGUGUAGUGGCGCUUCAAAAAUGCUGGCUUCGCUAGCUACAUACCCCCAUGAAGUGCUUCGUACACGAAUGCAAAUGCAACAGCCAACAGGAACUACUGGUGAAAAGUAUACUGGGUUCCUUCAAACGAUUACAUCGAUUGCACGAAAGGAAGGUUUCCGUGGCUUUUACCGUGGUAUGAGCGUAAACCUCGUUCGUACAGUACCGAAUUCUGGGUUGACUAUUCUGACCUAUGAACUUCUCAUGCAUUAUUUCGCAGCCCAUACUUCUACAUGA